AUGAGUGAAGCUAAGCCUGUUUCUGUGCCCUUAGGUGGUCAUUACAAGUUGUCAAUGGAACAGUGCCCUAGUAAUGAACAAGAAAGAGAAGAUAUGAUUACUGUACCAUAUUCAAGUGCAAUAGGUUCAGUUAUGUAUCUUAUGAUCAGUACAAGGCCAGAUUUGGCUUAUGCAGUAAGUGUGCUCAACAGGUUUAUGUCAAAUCCUGGAAGGAGUCAUUGGGAUGCAGUAAAGUGGCUCUUAAGGUAUUUAAAACUCACUGCAAAUGAAGGAUUGGUGUUUAAAGGCAGCAAAGAUGGAAUAGAAUUGCUUGGCUACACAGAUGCAAAUUAUGCUGGGGAUCGAGAUAAGAGAAAGUCAAUCUCAGCAUAUGCAUUCACUGUUUGUGGGAAUUGUGUUAGUUGGAAGUCACAUUUACAAGCCAUAGUAGCUUUGUCUACUACAGAAGCAGAAUAUAUGGCAAUAACAGAUGCUGCAAAGGAAGCAAUAUGGAUUAAAGGUUUACUGUCAGAACUUAAUAUGUUACACAAGGCUGUCAUACUCUAUUCAGAUAGUCAAAGUGCAAUACACCUUUCUAAGAAUCCUGUGUUUCAUGAGAGGUCAAAACAUAUUCAGAUUAAAUAUCAUUUCAUGCGGGAUAUGGUGGAAAGGAAGGAAGUAAAGUUAGAAAAGGCUAAUGUUGAUUUAAGGGAAGAUUGCAAGGAGGGUUCACAGAGUUUCUGCUAUAAUUACACUCUUGAGGAUUAG